AUGCGGGCGCUGGGACACGGCACCAUCGCGAGCGUCUGCGUCGUCCUCGCCGCGCUCUCGCCGCGCGCGUGGCGCGGCGUGGACGACGCGCGGGGGGUGGUGUUUUACGACGGCGUCGUGCGACACCGACGGGUGAAACCGGUGCGGCGAACGUUCGAGUACCCGCUGCGUUGGGCGCUCGUGGACCUGGACGCGCCGCCGGGGUGGUUCGGCGACGCGCGCGGCGAUCACUUGUCGGCGAGCGAGUGUCGAGAGCGAUGCGAGACGGAUGGUAAAGUGAUGCUGUUGACGUCACCGGCGGCGUUCGGGUACGAGAUGAAUCCGAUCUCGGUGUAUUACUGUUACGACGCGGACGGGGCGCUGAGACGAGCGCUCGCGGAGGUGACGAACACGCCGUGGAACGAGCGAGUGGUGUUCGCGUUCGAUCCGACGCCGCGAGAGGAUGAAAACGCGUGGACGGUGCCGAAGUCGUUACACGUGUCGCCGUUUAUGGACAUGGAGGGGGAGUGGUACAUCUCGAGCACGCGUCCGGGGAAGGAGUUGACGCUUCGCGUGAACGUGUUGAACCACACAAAGUACGGGGAUUACUUCUUCGCCUCUUUUCAGGGGCGGUUAGACGAGAGUAAGUACGGUCAUUGUAGAAACGAGCGAGCUGGGAUCUUCAACUUGAUCAAACACGGCUGUACCCCGCACAAGGUGGCGUUUUGGAUUUACGCGCAGGCGGUGAAGAUUUUGUUCGCGGGUGUAUCGUUUUACGCGCCGCCCGGUUUGAGUAACGUCGAGGCAAAGGUUCGCGCGAAAGGUGAGCGCGCGGGCAUGUGUCCGCUCAGACCAACUUUUAGGGGGGCGCCGUAUUGGCCGUGGACGACGUAG